AUUUGGCACGUGUUGCCGUUGAACCCAAACAACACUUCACUAUUCUGGUGCCUUGCAAAGAAAUGCUUAACGCCGCGAAACCUAGGCAAACUGCCAAAACCGAGAAAAACGACACUAAAAGGCCGUUGUUCAAAAAGAAUGCACCGGCUAAGCCUGGUAACAAAUUUAAAGCCAAUGGAAAACGCGGUUUUGAGGGCAAGAAUAGUAGUAAUAAGUUUGCAACUGGGAAGCCGCAUCCUGGCAAGGGCGCAACACCAGCGACCGAUGAAAAGCAAGAUUGGACAAAAUUUAAGCAGGAGAAAAAGGAUCUAAAACUAAAACGGAAAAGUACGCGCGACACCUACGAGAUUACACAGGAGGUUAAGAAAAUCUACGAGCAAGUGAAAUGCCGUCGUACCCAGAACAAAGAUGAACUCGUGCAGCAAAUGUACAAAAUUCUCAACGUUGGCGACACCAUCUCCAAGGUGGCCAAGGCUCACGACACGGCGCGCGUGUUGCAGUGCAUGCUAAAGCAUGCAACGCCUGCAUUGCGCAUUGAGCUGUCCGACAAAUUAAUGCCGCACGCCGUGGACAUGUGCCAGUCGAAGUAUGCACACUUCUGCGUCCAGCGCAUGCUCAAGUAUGGUGCUCCGGCCACGAAAUCCAAGCUGGUGGAUGGCUUGAUGGGUAAUAUAGUGCGUCUGUCGAGUCACAAUAUUGCCAGCAAGAUAUUGGACCAUAUAUAUCUAAAUGCCAGCGAAAAGCAGCGCCGUUACAUGCGCCAGGAAUUUUAUAGCGAUCUGUAUAAGAAGUCCAAGGACGAUGGUGUCCAUACACUGAGCGACACAUACAAGGAGGCUGCCAACAUGAAGGCCUCCAUUAUGGGCGCCGUCAAGGCCAACCUGGAGCACAUAGCCAAUAAAAAUUUGGUGGACAACUCUCUGGUUCAUGCCGUCAUACUCGAAUUCAUGCAGGCCACGGACGAAGAGAAGCUUGAGGAAACGAUGAGCGCUUUGUCUCCACUAAUACCACACAUGCUGACCACUAAGGAUGGCACCGAGGCGGCUAUUAUAUGCUUCUACAAAUCCACCCCAAAAAACCGCAGAGCCAUUUUAAAGAACAUCAAGGAACAUCUGCUGAAGAUUGCUUUGCAUGAACAUGGUCAUGUCUUCCUCAUAGCGCUGUUGAAUGCCCUCGAUGACACCAAGGCCACCAAAAAGGCCAUCUAUGAUAACUUGCACGGUGAUUUAAAAGCCCUGGUAGCCAAUCAGUACGGACGUCGUGUGGUGCAGUGGUUGGUAGCGCCUGGUGACACUACUUGCUUCCAUCCUGACUUUAUAAAGACCAUUGAGGAGGGUCUGGCCUUUGGCAAGAAGGAUAAGCAGGCUCGUCGCAAGGAGAUUUUAGAACAGAUCGAGGAACCCAUUGCUAUGACAAUUGCUGAGGACGCUGGCUUUUGGCUGUCAAAUAGUCACAUUGGUCUCGUCACAGCUGAUAUACUCAACCACAUAACGGGCGAGAAUUAUGAAAAAGCUGUAGCUGCACUGGCUCCGGUAAUCACUCAGGCCGACUGGCGCGUAUCGGCCGUGCCAUCUGAAAGUGCUCAGAACAAGAAGAGGAAGCCUCAAGAUGUGGAGGCCAUCAUAGACGCGGCCACACGGGAGCGUAGGACAAAGAAACAGCUCAAUGGCGCAGCCCCGCCACCUGUCAGCAGCGACGAAGAGAGCGACGCCGAGGAGGGCACACCAGCAAAGAAAUCCAAAGAGGAUCAGCCUCAGCCCAAAGUGGAGGAGGAGUUGCCCAGUGUUGUGGGCAUCGAGGAGGCCGGCAUGCAUCAUGUACUCAAGAAGCUGAUUAAAAACGACCAGAAGCACGAAACACAUCCGCUUGGAGCACACCUCUUACAGCAGUUGUCCAGCGAUGUGCUUAAAAUCUGGUUGGGCAUCAAUCGUGCUUGCUAUGUGCUCGUCAAGCUGGUGGAGGAAUCGCCUACCUUGUUGAGCACUUGCCGAGAUCUUGUAGGAGAGCAGGAGCUGCUCCAGUUGCUGCUUGCCCAAAAGACGUCGGGCGCCAAACUUUUGGCCAGCAAAUUGAACCUUAAGCAAUAGAAAAAUGGUUUAUUUGAAGUAUAUAGGCAUUAGAUUAAGUGAAUGCGCUUGAAUAGUUCUGUACCAUUAUUUAAUAUAGUAUUUUCAUGCGUGUUUGUAAA